UUAAAGAGAAGUAGCCCCGGAUCCUACAGCCGUGUGACUCCCGGCUUUGCGCACCGCUCACAGCUGCGCCGAAUCCAGCCUGCCCGUGCACCACCGCGGCUCCCGACGGCGGUGAAGGAUGCGGACUUCUCUGGUCGUGUGCUGCUACGCGUUUGCGCUGCAAUGCCUCCCGAGCACGCUUUGUCUUCCAGUGCGGGGAUCCAGCAGGUACAAAGUGGCACCGGUCUCUGAAAAGUUCCCCGACCUGAAGAAAAGGGGGAAGGUUCCUCACGCUCAGGACUUAGUGAAGGAGACGAGUUUGCCGGCGAACAGCUCCAACACGUGGAACCGACCUCGCUGCGGCGUACCGGAUUACCCCGUCCAGAAGGAGGUGCAUUAUCGGGGGCGACAGAGACGCUUCGUGCUGUACGGAGGACGUCUGGAGAAGAAUGACCUCACCUACAGGAUCGUCCGCUUUCCCUGGCAGAUAAGUGAGGAGAAGGUGAGGCGCGUCUUUCGGGAAGCGCUGAAAAUCUGGAGUGACGUCACGCCGCUCACCUUCACCGAGGUUCACAGCGGGAAAGCCGACAUCCGCAUCGACUUCACCAGGUACUGGCAUGGAGACAACCUUCCCUUCGACGGCCCGGGUGGGAUUCUCGCUCACGCCUUCUUCCCCAAAACGCACCGACAGGGCGACAUUCACUUCGACUACGACGAGUCCUGGACUCUCGGGAACCACAUGGGCACAGACCUCCUCCAGGUCGCUGCACAUGAGUUCGGGCACGUCCUGGGCCUGCAGCACUCCCGCGAGCCCAGAGCCAUCAUGUCGGCGUACUACUCCUUCUCCUACCCGCUGAGGCUGAGCGAGGACGACAAGCGAGGCAUCCAGUACCUGUACGGAGCUCACCCGCGAGUCCUGCCCUCACCGCCGCCCCCGCCGCCGCCUCCAUCCAACCCAGAGACCAACGAGAUCAUCACGAAUCCCGACGCAUGCCAGACGGACUUUGAUGCCGUGUCUAUGAUCCGAGGGGAGCUGUUCUUCUUUAAGUCGGGCUACGUUUGGCGGAUCAGGGACGGGCAUCUGGAGAGCGGUUACCCGGCGCUGGCGUCCCGUCACUGGAGGGGGAUUCCCGAAAACAUCGACGCCGCCUUUGAAGACAAGUCGGGGAAUAUUUGGUUCUUUCAAGGUGAGAAUUACUGGGUGUUUGACGCUGAGAUGCAGAUCAGAGGGCCGGAGUCCAUCAGGAAUUUGGGUCUGUCGGUGUCCGGGAUCCAGGCGGCGCUGCGCUGGGGCCACGACUCCAACUACAACACCUACUUCUUCAAGUCCGGCAGCUACUGGAGGUUCAGCCCCCGCGAGAACCGCGUCGAGUCCGUCUACCCGCGCAGCAUGCAGGACUGGAGCGGCAUCCCCCACGACGUGGACGCCACUUUCAGGGACAUCUACGGCUACGCUCACUUUAUCCGGGGACGACAGUACUGGAAGUUCGAUCCCGUUGGCAUGAACUCUUUAGAGGGCUACCCUCGCUACAUCGGCAUGGAUUUUUUCGGCUGUAAAAACGUGUGAGUCUGUAACUGUGGAGAUUAACAGAUUUUGUUUUUCGUUUUGUUUUGUUUUUGACUAUGAAGAGGAGUUUUUGGAGCAGAGACGUUUGUGUGUCCAUCCUGCGGAUUGCGGAGGAUGAGACCUUUAAAUCUGUUUAUGCUUUACUCCAUUUAUCGAGUUACACCUUCUUCUUCUUCUCAGGAAAACCAGGUAAUGUUUUUGUACUCAGACUUGGCACCUCCUGUGCAGCUACACUCAUAUUUAUUUUGCACAUUUUGUCACCACUCAGCUGAGAUCUGGGCCUCUGUGUUAAUGACGCGUGACGCCGCAUCGUUCUCACUUCCUGUUUUUUUUUGAGCCUCAAAACUGAACCAGGAUGUUUUCCAUCUCAGCUGUUGUUGUUUCUGUCAUGACUCUGAUCCUCGAGUGUUUGAAGAGUGACAUCAAACUUUAAGCUUGCAGCGGACAGAUUUGUAAAUUCGCUGCAGGCAGAGUUAAAUUUUUAGUUUUGAUGCUGUAACUUGAAACCUGUAAAUCAUUCAACAUGAUGCCGGUAAACAAAAGUUUAAGGAUGUGAUCACACGUGCACUUGAUUUUCCUGCCGGCUUGACUCACACCGACCAUGAAUCACAACAUAAAAACAACAGUCACAUUUAAACUUUUUUUUCCUAAAAAGCACUUUGUAACUUUGCUAAGAAAAGUGCUAUACACAUAAAGUUUAUUAAUUAUCAUUAGAGAGCUUUGCAGAGCUGCAUAAAGAUUAUUUCUGAGACACAGUCAUAACUUUUUUCGUGCUCAGCUGACUGUGUCCAGUUCAGCUUUAUAAUUAUUUAGUUUUAUGCCCUGAAUCGAGUCUCUCAGGCAGCAUGCUGUGUGAUGUCAGAGUUACUGCAGUUUAACACCUUGAGUGACAUCACUUUCCAUGUGCUGCAUUCAGACACCUUUCCCUAGC